UUUGUUCAAUCAUCGAAUGUUUUGACAUUUUCUUUGCUUGAAAGCUUGUGGAGCCAAGGGUUUCUGCAGUUCAUAUUCAAUCUUAGAGAAUGAUAACUCUCUUUGAUUGGCAUAACUGAGGUGGUGAAAGAUCCUCCAAAGGGUUGCAAUUGAGAGUGAGGGAUAUUUCAGUCCUUCACAUUGGAGCUUAUUGAGUUUUUGCAGUGACAUUCACAGGAAGUGAUAUGGAGACAUAUUGAGUUUUUGCAGUGACAUUCACAGGAAGUGAUAUGGAGACAUACUUCAGAUUUAUGAUCUUUUGAUGUCCUUUGUUUGUGCACUCUAAAGAAGAGAUAGGCGAUUUAUUUGGAGACAUUUUGAAGGUGAUUGAGGGCGUUUUCUGAGGUUCUUUCCAGGUAUGCCAUCGAGGUCGAUCAGACCUAUUGAUCCCCAUAUUUUCAUUCAUUACUCAUUGCUGGUGGGUCACAAUUUUGUGGGUAUUGGUGCAUUCAAUUCGUGUUGCCGAGACAAUGAUUUCCCUUACACAUUUGGGGCGGAAGACUGCUGAUAUUAUUUUAUUUUGCAUCUGCAAAAUCAAAGGCAGGGCGGCCAGCUACAAGGGGGACAAUUUCAUCAUAGAGCCAUCCAAAAUUCCAAUAAAAAUUCUGCAAUCAUUGUUGAGGGUGUCUCAUUCAUUCGGCAUCAGCAGAUCAGGACUCUUAUCAACUUUCAAAUGUUUGGGCAAACAAUCCUUCUGUGAGAAAAGCAAUUCAUGCUCAAUCGGAAGAAAUAACUGGAGCGUGGAAAAGAUGUAGCACUCGUUUUAAGUAUUCUGCUGAUUACUCAAGUGUAGUCAAAUAUCAUUUAGAUCUUACCAUGCAAGGUUAUUCUGCAUUAAUCUACAGUGGUGAUCAUGAUAUGGUCGUGCCAUUUAUUGGAACUCAAACAUGGAUAAGGUCAUUAGGCUACACAAUAGUAGAUGAUUGGCGAUCUUGGUUUGUGGAUGGACAAGUUGCUGGAUAUACAAGAACGUACGACAAGAACCUGACUUUUACAACAAUUAAGGGAGCAGGUCAUACAGCACCAGAAUACAAGCCUAGGCAAUCUUUUGUGAUGUUUGAUCGAUGGACCUCCAGACAACCGAUAUAAAACCAUUUUUCUAAAUUAGAAUUACUAUGAUUUCAGUAAGAGUAAUGCACCACCAGAAUACAAUUGCAGAUAGAUAUUUAAAAUAUUCAAACUUCAUGGAACUCAAUCCAAAUAUGGCAAAGAUUAGUUUUCUAAGCUUCAAUUAUAUUCUGCCAGAUCUAUUUUCUAUUUCCUUGUGGAUUGAAAUUGCAAGGUCCAAGUCAAGUUAAAUGAAUUAAGGUUGAAUACACACUUCUU